AUGGACAUCGAGGGCCGCAAUACCCUCUGGGAUUAUGAUUUGGAAACAGCUGCCUGUUCGUGUUUGCCCACUCAACCGCAAAGUGGACGGCGCCGGGCCGAGCGCAGCGCGGCUUCUCGCCAUGGACGGCAUGGAGUUCUUCUUCGAGGAAUCUGCAUCAGGGUUCGUGCCGUGGGUGACAACGGAGAUCUCUUUAGGGGUCUGCGUGUCAUCGAGCAACCAACUGAAGGCGGUACAAGCGGAACAGAGGACGCAGAGGAGGGCCUGAUUUCAUCUAUGCGCAUUGAACAGGGCGAAGGCGACAUGCAUACUCUUGGCGACGAAGGGAUGGGCGACUCAUGCGAGACAGGCGGCACAGAUACAGUCCAUAAUGCCGUGUCCCAGGAUGCAGACGAAGAUGGUGUUGGAGUGUCAAGUGCAAAACAAUCUUCUUGGACCAGGAGGGUCAGAGUUCCAAAAGCGGCGGAUGAGAGAGAGCCCAUCCCAUCAAGGAUGCCUGCCCUUGAAGCUUCUAUCCGUGCAUUUGUCAACAAAAAGUCAAAAAAUGUUAUCAAUCCGUCUAUUGGAACUAGUUUCGAUUCAGUCGAAGAGGGCUACGAGUUUUACAAUCUUUAUUCAUGGGAGGUUGGUUUUGGUGUGCGCUAUGCAAAAAGCCGUUUGAAUGUACACCGGAAGAAGUGCAUGCAGGAGAUAGUUUGCGCUUGUGCGGGUAAACCGUUGCAAGCCAACAGCCGGUCAACGAGGUGUUGAUGAGCGAUGAGAAGGUGGACACCUUCAAGUGGAUAUUCACAGAGUUUUUCCAAAUGCUCGCAGCACCACAACCAAAAACUAUAUUGACAGGUAAUACGAGUUCCAGAUACAGAAAGAACUAAAAAAAACUUGUUAGGUUCCUUACUGUCCAUAAUUGAGUUGAUAUUGCUUGAUUUUCUGGUGACUGCGAUAGAUCAAGCUCGUGCGAUGGAAAUUGCAAUAGUUGACGUCAUGCCAUGGACCGCACAUCGGUGGUGCAAAUGGCACGUCCUGAAUAAGGCAAAAGAG